AUGCACAAGAUUUCCAACUUUACGGGCCAGGCCCGUCAUGGUUGGGAACGAAUGACGCCGACUUUUGGGAUGUCCAGACCUCACUCCGACAUGACCUUUCGUCGACCACACGGUGCGCCGCCCAUGACGCCGCCCACAAGCAUCGAUCCCACCGUCAACCUGUCCUUCAAUGUCCCCUUCUCUUACACCCUGGCUGGUCCCGACGUCGAGGACGUCCUCCAUGCGAGUCCAAAUGCCCUGCAGCGGUGGACUUUUCCCGACGGCAGUCCUGAAGGGACACCCAUUCAUCAGCUGCCUGUCCACACAAGCAACGUCGAGGGCUUGCGGAGGUUAUGCCGGCAGAUCACAGAAACCAGUGGAGGACGAAUCGAAGCCACCGUCACUUCCUCUGAACCCAAGGCGGUACCCUCACUGCAGCGGCGUCCCAACGGCAUGGUCACCAACGUCUGCGUGACCGGUGAUGGUGAGACGGUACGAAAGAUGCGGGCCAAGAUCUUGAAUGAGACACCGAUCAUGCUGCGAUGUGCAACUGUUGAUGUGGAUAUGCACUUGAUUGUGGACGGCUCACCCAAGGGGAUCCGCGCAAGUGUGCUAGAGCACAUGGACACUCUGGCCGCCUACACUGGGACCGAUAUUUUCCUGCUCACCCCCCGACUUCAUGAUGCAGAUAGUGCGGUGGUCUCUUCCUACGGCUAUGCGUCAGACAAUGGCCUGGAACAGCGCUUCCGAGUGGCCAUUUACGGUGACAUGGAGAGCUCCGAGCAUGCCAAGACGCGAAUUCUCAUCAUGAUUGAUCAAAUUGUGGGUCACAAUCUGCGCAAGCCAGUUGGCAGGGGGGAGCAAUCCGCUAACGCAAGCAUGCAGCUGAAACGCCAUGUGGACGCCAUCAAGUUGGAGCUGACCAUGCACACUCUGGUCUGUGGGCGAACUCGCAAGAACAUCAAGCUGAUCGAAGCCGCCACCGGUACCGCGAUCUAUUCCCCCCCACCGUUUCCCAGAAUCUUCGGCUAUACCCCUCCAGGCGCAAGUCGCCGAAGUGAAGACGAGGUCUACAUCACGGGAGACAACCCGGAGCAGAUUGCUCGUGCGAAGCAGAAAUUGCGGGAGUUGGUCUUGGGGGUGAAGAUCUAUGUCAAGGAUGUUGUUGUCAACUCAAACAAGAUUGACAACAUUCUGCUCGAUCGCCUGGACAAGGUCCGCAAAGUGAUGGAAAUGAACGGCUCGUAUGUCCUGUUCCCGCAGCUGGGCAGUCAGCGUGGCCUCGUCCGCAUUCAAGGCACCGAGGUAUUGCACGUGGAGCGCACUGUGCGGGAGAUUAUGGCCCUGGCUGGUCAAUUCUACAGCGCCUCUUGGUGGAUCCUCAUGCCUGAUCCGGCACAAGGGGGCACUCGCACUCCCGCGGCGGCGGAUAUUCGCUCAAUGCUAUCGGACAUAUGCACCAACUCAGAGGCCGAGGUCAGCUUCGACAACUUGACCUUCACCAUCAAUGGAUCCGAUGAUGCGGUCAAGGCCGCCAUGACCGUGGUGAACCAAAUCCCAUUUGUCACACGCAGUCAGUAUCAGAUGCGAGUGAAGAUUGAGCUUGCAAACGAGCACAAGGAGUUUGUCAGUGGCAAGAAGAAUGGCAAGAUCAAUAAGAUCAUGGGUCAAAGCAACGUGCAGAUCAUCUUUGACGGCUUCAACGAGUACAACUUCUACAUCGACGUCUGCGGCAAUCAAUACGAGUCCACCAAGAAUGGCCUUGAUCUGGUGGAGCAGGAGAUGCCGGCGUCGAUCUCGUUUCAUGUUCCGGAUCAAUACCACAAGCGGAUCAUCGGUAUCGGUGGACAGCACAUCCAGCGGAUCAUGAAGAAAUACUCAGUCUUUGUCAAGUUCUCCAACGCGAUGGAUCGGGGUGGCAUGGGCAAGGAAGAUGACGAUAUCAAGGUGGAUAAUGUCAUCUGUCGAACGCCGGCGCGCAACGCCCAAAGCCUGGACCUGGUCAAGCAAGAGAUUAUGGAUAUGGUGGAGAAAGUCGAUGCGGAGUACGUCUCGGAGCGAGUCGUCAUCAACCGUCUCUACCACCGUGAACUCUUGGCUCGCAUCACGGAGAUCGACGAGCUGGAGAAGAAGUGGAAUUGCAAGAUUGAAUUCCCCAGUACGGAGCUGGCCAGCGACGUUGUCACGAUCUCUGGCCCAGAGUACCAGGUCCCUCAGGCCGUUGAUGCUUUGUUAGGUAUGGUGCCUGAAAGUCACGAACUGCAUUUCCAGAGUUCGUCGGAACUCCGGGACUAUUUCCAGUCCCCCGAGUUUGUCGCGGAUGUGCGCACCAAACUUAAGGAGCAGUAUGAAGUCGACAUCAAUGCCGACACCCCCGCCGAUCUUCCCACCAAGGAGGAUGGCCCCUCUUCCUCCCCCGAUCCCGCUCCAGAAGAUCGGGUCGUGCUCGGUUACACGCGGAACAACGCCGGUGGUCUCAAAGACGCCAUCGAUUUUCUGAUCUCCCGCCUCGUUGCCCAUGGCCUUGACGCCAACACGGUCAAGGGGGCGAUCCCCCGCCCCAAGUCCGACUCUUUCGAAGAAUCCCUCCCAUUCUUCGACUCGAAGUUGUUGCAACAUGCUCCCGCUCCGCUUGUGACAGACUCGCCCACUCGUCCCAGCUUUGUCGAUGAGACCAGCGAGCGCGGUUCGAUUUUCGAACGCCUACGCAAGCCGGGCAGUAUCUCUUCCUUCUCAUCUUUCAUCGGCCGCAAGAAUCAUUCCGCGUCGCCGGGAUCGUUCUUCAAACACGCCUCCAGCAAUGCCUCCAAGGCGUCGCUGGUCUCAAUGGAGUCCCGCGACAGCGGUUAUCGUAACCCUUGGAAUGAUUCCGGCGUCAACUUGACCGAGGAUGAUGUCCCCGUCCUCGGCAGCUCGCACAGUCACAAGAGCAGCAACAGCACCAAUGGCUGGCCCACUCGCUUCGACGCCAAGUUUCCAUUCGGUACCGCGCCCGGGGACAUCACUCCCAAGCACGAUCCGCGCGCUUCUUUUGACAGCGGUCGCCCUAGCACCUCGAAUUCUACUUCUGGAUACCCGGCCCCAAUCGGGCCACCGCGUUAA